CGGUUAAGACAAUUCGACUGAAGCGUGACAGAGAAGGGGGAGUCACCCUCGAGACUGUUCCUUUCACAGGGGUUUUACCUGUCGACGCUCCAGGCGGAGCGCUUAAAUACGCCUCCUCCCCUUGGGUCUAGCCUUCAGUCCUCCGGGAGAGACUGACCGAAACAGACGCUUUGGGAAAGGAACCGCAUGUUGUUGAUGAUAGAAGAAGAUACCAGGAUUCGUACUCAAAUAGAACGGAUUAUGAACGCUUUUGGACAGCAGCCAUCCAACGCGCAGACUAGCCCCAUUCAGCACCACAGCGCACAGGAGCUCCUGGAUAUGGCCGUGUACUGCGAUAACUUCGGCAGCAUGUAUCAGCACCAGCAAAACCUCCAUCAUGGUCACCACCCGCAGAGGCCGCCGGCGCAUCCUCCAAGCUACGGCCUCGGUGAGUACACCUCGCCGACCACCAACCCGUACCUGUGGCUAAACGGACCGAGCAUCGACUCGUCUCCAUACCUGACGGGAUUGAAUGGAGCAUCGUACAUACAGUCUGGAUACGGAGCGAACCAGCGGCAGUUCCUGCCCCCUCCUACGGGGUUUGGUGGCGCUGACCUCGGAUGGCUGUCGAUCUCCAGCCAGCAGGAACUCUUCAAGAUGGUUCGACCUCCUUACUCUUACUCAGCGCUCAUAGCCAUGGCUAUCCAGGGCGCCGGGGACAAGAGGUUGACGCUGAGUCACAUCUAUCAGUAUGUGGCAGAGAAUUUUCCGUUUUAUAAGAAGAGCAAAGCAGGGUGGCAGAACUCAAUCAGACACAACCUGUCACUGAAUGACUGUUUUAAGAAAGUUGCCCGGGAUGACGAUGAUCCUGGAAAGGGGAAUUACUGGACAUUGGACCCGAACUGUGAGAAAAUGUUCGAUAACGGCAACUUCCGAAGAAAGAGAAAGAGACGAGCUGACUUGAACGGGGGAGACACCAACAACACUGUUCUUCCGGUGAAAUCCGAAGACACUGCCGCCCUGAAGCUCUCCGACACGGCCAGCAUCAUGAGUUCAUCCCCUCUCAGCCUCCAGAACUCCCCUGGUUCCUCCGAGCCCAAAUCAUCGCCGUCCCCGUCGGUGGAACACAGUCCCUGUUACAACAACUUUGUCUCCACUAUGAACACGAUGCUGGCGGGGAGUAACAACGGCUCUACUCGGGAGGGGGGCAGGGGGGACUUUGGUUCAGGAGGACAUGUUAUGGGGGAUUUGUCGCCUCAUCAGACCCGAGAGAACAUGUCCGGACUUGGUUCAUACUCGCCGUCUCAAAUCACGCCAUUGAACACUGAUGUCACUCAGCUCUCCACAGCUAAUAGAAUGAACUACUACACAUCAGCACAGAACACUCACAGUGGAGGCCUGGGCCUCACCAACUCUCUCCCAAACCACUUCAGUGUUAAUCAUUUGAUAUACAGCCGCGAAGGAACCGAGGUGUAAAGGCAGUAGGCUAUAAGCCUUGUCCUAAAUAUGUCAGAUAUAUGUAGAUAAUAUAAUGCAACUCGUUGGCAUUCUUGUAUGAAGUACUCAGUGAGUACAUCAAUUACCAUGAUUAUUAUUCAUGUUACGCAUUCCACAAUAAGAACGCGUUAUUAUAGCAAUGUCUUAAAUAUACUUUCUCGUGAUUGAAUCUGGAUUCAAAGUGGGUCGAAACUACGUUCGACUUAGCAUUUUAAAUAGCAUGCCCAACUGGAGCCCAACUGGAGCCCAACUGGAGCCCAACUGGAGCCCAACUGGAGCCCAACUGGAGCCCAACUGGAGCCCAACUGGAGCCCAACUGGAGCCCAACUGGAGCCCAACUGGAGCCCAACUGGAGCCCAACUGGAGCCCAACUGGAGCUCUGGAAUGGGUGUUGCCUCAGAAUAAACAUUAACCUGUACUCUUUUUCCUUUCACCUUAUUUCUAUUGGCCUUAUUAUGUAACUGCGUGGAUGACGUCACAGUGCCUUUAUUACUACUGCAGAUAUGUGUUUUGUUAUGUAGCCUAAAUAGUAGCCCUCUUUGGAGACCACUUUGUGUACUUUUUUUUUAGAAGGAAUUGUGUGUGUUUGUGUAUAUUUUAUUUAAGCCUAUUGUCAAACGUUUUGAAUAAAUGUAAUAUCUGAAAUGAUUGAUUGUGUCAUAUUAUCUAGCGGACUUGUCAAAGUGAAGAUGUCUCGGAUUUAUCCGCCAUAAUAUUCAACUUUGUAAUAAAC